AUGGAGAACACAUGCACAGAUGAAUUUCCUCUUACUAUGAAUUCUUCAGAAAAGGAAGAGACCGUGUGUGUUUUUGGAACUGGAGAUUUGGGAAGAUCAUUGGGGUUUAAAAUGCACCAGUGCGGCUAUUCUGUUGUUUUUGGAAGCCGGAGUCCCCAGAUGUCCAGCCUGCUACCCAGUGGUGCUGAGGUCCUGAGCUAUUCCGAAGCCGCCCAAAAAUCUGACAUCAUAAUUGUAGCAAUCCAUAGGGAACAUUAUUAUUUUCUCACAGAACUAACUAAAGUCCUCAAAGGGAAAAUAUUGGUUGAUGUCAGCAACAACCUCAAAAUCAAUCAGUAUCCAGAAUCCAAUGCCGAGUACCUGGCUCAGCUGCUGCCAGGAACCCACGUGGUGAAAGCAUUUAACACCAUCUCAGCCUGGGCCCUCCAGUCAGGAGCCCUGGAUGCAAGCCGGCAGGUAUUUGUCUGUGGAAAUGACAGCAAAGCUAAGCAAAGAGUGAUGAAUAUUGUUCGUACUCUUGGACUUACCCCACUGGAUCAAGGAUCGCUCACGGCAGCCAAAGAAAUUGAAAACUACCCCUUGCAACUAUUUCCAAUGUGGAGGUUCCCACUUUAUCUGUCUGCUGCGCUGUGUAUCUUUGUAUUUUUCUAUUGUGUAAUUAGAGAUGUAAUCUACCCAUAUGUUUAUGGGAAGAAAAAUGAAACGUUUCGCCUGGCCAUCUCCAUUCCAAACCGGGUCUUUCCAUCAGUGGCACUUAUCCUGCUCGCCUUGGUUUACCUCCCCGGUGUGUUGGCUGCCAUUCUGCAGCUCUAUCGAGGCACAAAAUACCGCCGAUUCCCAGCCUGGCUUGAUCACUGGAUGCUCUGCAGGAAGCAGCUUGGCUUAGUCGCAUUGGGCUUUGCCUUCCUUCAUGUCCUCUACACCCUUGUGAUUCCCAUCCGCUAUUUUGUACGAUGGAGGUUGAAAAACAUGACCCUGACCCAGGCAAUGACCAAUAAAGACAGCCCAUUCAGCACCUCUACAGCCUGGCGUAGUGAUUCAUAUGUGGCCUUGGGAAUCCUGGGAUUUUUUCUGUUUGUGCUCCUGGGAAUCACUUCCUUACCAUCUGUUAGCAACACAGUCAACUGGCGAGAAUUCCGAUUUGUGCAGUCCAAACUGGGCUAUUUGACCCUCAUCUUGUGCACAGCUCACGCACUGGUGUAUGGGGGACAGAGAUUCCUCAGCCCUUCCAGCUACAAGUGGUAUCUUCCUCCAGCCCAUGUGCUAGCCCUCAUCAUUCCUUGCACCCUGUUAGUGAUCAAGUUCAUCCUCAUCAUACCAUGCAUCGACAAGGCUCUUACUCGGAUCCGCCAGGGAUGGGAAAGAAGCUCCAAAUCAGCUUCAGCAUUGAACAGAAAAACAGAUAUUUAAUGCAAAUUUCAAUUUCUCCCCAUCUCUGAACUACUGCUUUGAACUUUGAGAGAAGAUGAAUGGGUACAAACAAGGAGCCUUCAUCUACCCCCAUACUGGACAUUUGUGACCAGAGGGGGAAGCUUUGUCUUGAUUUGAGUCAUCUGCAGAUGAGAAGAGAACACUGGGUUUUUUCUCCUUUCAGGUUAGCUUUGGAUGAAUCAGUGCAGUAGCCUGCCUCUUCUUUUCUCAGAAGCGUAGAGCCAAGGUUGAAAUUACCUUUGUAGUUUUACACUAAGAGGCUUCUUUGCUGUGUAAUCUAUAUGACCUAAUGUCUUGCAACCUACAGGGGUAUUACCUAUAAUUUCCUCCUCUAGCUUCAGAACUGAGAGAAGUGAAAGACAAAACAGUAAGAAAUUGACCACUGACCAAAGCUUUAUUCUGUAUAUUUGAAGAGAGGCAAAUGCAGUACAAGAAAUGAGAUUUAUUUACUUGUUUGGGGGGAGGGCAUAGAUAAAGAUGAUCAUAAAUACUGCCAUAAUAAAUUCUGUAGUUAAAUGAACUCCUUCAUUUUUCGCUUUGACAAUACGGAUAUGUACUCUGCACAACUUUUAUUUUAUAACACAACAAAAAAAUCACAAUUGAUGGAGAGAAAGUGUGCAAAUGUAUAAAACUGGCAUAAUACCCGUCCUCUACCAGAAACGGUGUUGGAAAGGAGAAGAAAAAUGGAGGGGUGCACAUGGACAUGUUUUAAUGUGCAUCAGGAUGAUGAGUUGAUAGAAGUUCUUGCACAAAAAGUUUAAAUAACUCAGAAUGUAUGUUAAGUUAAUAUGUACAAGUUGUUUAUCUUGCACAAAAAUGUUUAAGCCACCCAAAGGCAAACUAAAUAAAUACUGUCAGCUGGUACUACCUUAAGCUUGGUAGUGGUUAGGUGUUUGCUUCAGCAUGAUUAAUCUGACAUAUGACUAAUCUGUAUUCCAAAUGUUGUUUAAUAAUAACCAUCCAUUGGAUGAAUUUCUAAUAUUUAAAA